AUGGCCGUUACCCAGAUCACCUCCGUCUCCGACUUCCAGAACGCCAUCAAGUCCGACAAGCUCACCGUCAUCGACUUCUACGCUACCUGGUGCGGACCCUGCAAGAUGAUUGCCCCCACCUUUGACAAGUUCUCCGAGACCUUCACCGACGCUCAGUUCUACCGAUGUGACGUCGAUGAGGCCUCUGCUGUCGCCCAGGAGGUUGGCGUCACCGCCAUGCCCACCUUUGCCUUCUACAAGAACGGCGAGAAGAUCACCACCGUCAUGGGUGCCAACCCCUCUGCCCUGAACGCUGCCAUCAAGCAGAACGUCUAA